AUGGACGAGGUCGUCAGGAUGACCGUUCCACCGACACUGCCGGCGAAGACUCAGCCCCGAGACGCGAGUCAGGUUGCUCGACAGACUGUGUCAAUCCGGGCUGUUUCUAGUCCCCCCACGGCUCCUCUGAGCACAGGGGCCGGAGCAACGGUAUUUGUCGGACUGGCUGCUCCUGGCGUCGAUUCCGCGGCAACCUGUAGAAGAAGAAUCCCGGAAGUGCAGGCCGCGAACGGCUACGGCAAGCAGAGCAGCGUCAAGUCGGUUCAGACCGCGCAGAACGAGCAACAACUGCAGUACGAGCAACAGCAACAGCUUCAUCAUCAUCGUAAUAAUAAUCAUCAUUAUCAUCAUCAUCAUCAUCAUCAUCACCAUCAACAGCAGCAGCAGCAAGCGGCACACGUGGUGAAGAUCAAGAUCAACCCGGAUGGUGACAAGAACGGCAGGGUGAUAUCGACCGUACGAUUGACGUUGGACGAGAACGUCGGCCACGAAGCCGAGCUGGGGAACGGGAUCGCGUGCGAACGUUCGAGCAAGCGUGACCUCGGUGUGGUCGUGAGUGCGACGAAUCUGGUGAACGAGCAGCGUUGUGGAAGUGCCGGUGACGGCUGUGUCAGGAUCAGUGUUGGCUCGAACACUUUUGCACGCGGCAACAACGACAGCAACGACGAUAGCAGCAAGGCCAGCCGAAACUGCGACGACCUCACCCCGGGCGCAGACAUGGUUCACCGCGACACCUCCGAGCCUCUGAACACGUCCUCCUCGAACAAUCGUUCGAGCGCUUGCUUCUACUACAACACCGGCUAUCCCGGCCAGUUGAACGGCAUGGUGAUGUCCAGCGGGCAGUGUUCGCCGAGCGACACGUUGGACAGCGGGACCUGCAGCGAUCUGGACGGCACACCGCCGCCACUUCCCAAGAAGAAGAACAACGCCAGUACGGUCAUCCUCGCGAGUAAUCAGCACAAUCGCACCGGAAGUCUGACCAGCAGCGGAGCGGAGGUCGACAGCGACGACAACGAGAGCAACAUCAGCUGCGAUUCUCUGAACGGUGGCGAGCUGAGCGACGGAGUAACCGUCGGCCGCGGGGUCGAGGCCGAUCGAACGUCCUUGGAGUAUCAACAACGCGCGGACAAUCAUCGUUCGAAGAAUGGGAUGUCGGAUAAUUCGAGAUACAGCGACUCUGAACCGAUCGUGACUCCACCGAACAGACUGGACUCGUCAUCGAACGAAGAUCGAAACGAUGAACGAACGGACUCGUGCUCGGCCAAGGGUUCUCCCAGCGUCUCUCCCUCGCCAUCCGGUGCGUCCUCCUUGUCGAAAGCUUCCUCCACACCGAGGAUCAGGAGCCCCGACCCGAACAUAGAGCAAAAUGGCAGGCUGUCGUCUUCGUCUUCGUCUUCAUCUUCAUCUUCGUCGUCGUCGUCGUCGUCGCCGGUGGUGAGAGAAUGCACGUACGAGGAGAGGAAGCAAGAACAGGAGAGAUUGGAGCAGGAGUUGGUUGCCGGCGACGUGGACACCAGCGUGAAUCCAGUGACCGGGAAGAAGUACGUGUACGAGUACGACAGGUUCUACAAGUUUCACGUGAACGAACUGAAGGGCAACAAUAAGGACGGCAGCAGGGCAGGAGGGGUGGUGUCCGGCGACAAGGACACCGACGAAUGUUUCGCCGGCUACAAGAUCCUCGAGAAGGAAGCCAUACGUAGUGCCAAGGGAACUGUGCGCGGUGUGAAAAACAGGGUGCGCGCUGGGAUCGCCACGUUCCUUCAGAAACCAUCCUCUCAGGUUCGUAUCGCGAAGCUUUCCGGGUACACGGGAAAUCUCUGUUGUAUCGUAUCGCAUCGUAUCGUAUUGUAUAUACGCGCUCCGAGCUGCCUAGGAAUUUCUGUUGCGUGCCAAUUAACCGGCCGAUCCUAG